AUGUUCCCAUCAUUAGCCGACUUACGAAUAUGCCUCCAGGUGAUAUCGGUGGAGCGAACAGCCGGCGAGAGGGUGUUAUUCGCUACAGCAAUGGCAUUGGCGGUUUUUCUUCUUGCCAUGUCGUUUCUAGUUGCAUUCGUUUCGAUGCUUUAUAUACCAUUACCAGAUGAUAUUUGUGAUCGCCUUAAAUUACAGUUUUUCGAAUUUCUAUUACGAGUAUCUAACGAGUAUUUCGGCAGUUUAGUGGGAUGUAUUUUCGGACCGAAGAUAAGGAAUAAAUUGACACGAUUGCUAGUGGCAAUACCGUUCUUCUUCAAAUCCGCUCCUCCGAAAUUGGUCACCGUAAAGAAUGAAUUAAUUGACGAAUCUCGAGUACGGAUUUAUUAUCCAGCAAAAAGGAGGAAUAAUGCGCUGAUCCUGUUCACCCAUGGAGGUGGAUGGUCAACAAUGAAACCUAGUUAUUACGAUAGUUUGAUGUACAAAUUGAUCAAGCAUUUGGGUGUUCUCAUCAUCUCAAUUGAUUAUCGGUUAUCACCCGAAAAUCCUUAUCCGGGUCCAGUGAAAGAAUGUGAAGCAGUUUACCAUAAGAUUAUCACAGAGGAUUAUCGGCGAUUCGGCAUUGAUCCGACCCGAAUUUGUGUUAUGGGUGAUAGUGCUGGUGGGAAUCUGAGUACGGUGAUUGCACAGAGACAGCUUCGAAGCAGAACUACACUGCCAAAGUGUCAAGUAUUAAUAUAUCCAGUCAUACAUCCAUUUGAUCUCAAAUCGCCCUCAUAUCAACUAUUCUACGAUCAACUGUCUGGCACAGCACUACUGAAUCCUUAUGUGAUGGCUCGAUGGUAUAUGCUCUAUUUGAAUAUUCCUGCAACCAAUCGCAAUAUUGAAAAAUUCCUCAACAAUCGUCAUUUACGGAGUGAGAAGAAGAAUAGCGAAGGGCUGCAAAAGUUAAUUGGUCGCGAAUUAUUGCCUGCUGCGGUCUUGAAGAAUCCCUAUGGGCACAAGAAAAUUGAUUCUAAUAAAGCUGAACCUGACGAAGAGUUGUGUGCAUUAUUCGAAAGACACGGAUUCGAUGCUGAUUUUGCACCGAUAUUAGGCGACAAUUUGACUGGAUUAUCACCUGCGAUGAUCAUUACAGCCGGUUAUGAUAUCCUGCGAGAUGAGGGAAUGCUUUACGCAAAACGGUUGCAGUCAUUCAAAGUUGCAGUACAAUUGAACCAUUAUCCUGCAGCCUACCACGGCAUUAUGCAUAUGCCGUCAAGUAUGCAGCGUAAACAAAUUGUUGAUGAUAUCAUUGAAUACUUGCAAAAUCAUCUUUGA